UCUGUAUAUAUACAGACAUAUCUUCUUCUUCUUCUUACAAUCGAAAAGCCUUCGUCUUUCUAUCUCUCCUCUCUCUAGAGCGCGUCCCUGCGCGUCGUCAGUAUGUUCUUAUUGACGCCAUUGAAAUUGAAUUAAAAUCCGAUUGAACUUAAAAACACACACAGAUAUUCAAAAAAAAAAAUCGAGCCUUUCGUCAGAUCUUGACGAGAUUCCGCAUCUGGGUCUUUUUUUUUAAUCUAAUCUGAUUGAGCAAAAAUGCAAUCCGACAGCGGAAAGCUUUUCGUGGGAGGGAUAUCGUGGGACACCAACGAGGAACGUCUCAAGGAGUAUUUCAGCAGCUUCGGUGAAGUGAUCGAAGCUGUGAUCUUGAAAGACCGGACCACGGGCCGCGCACGUGGCUUCGGCUUCGUAGUCUUUGCUGAUCCAGCUGUUGCAGAGAUUGUUAUAACCGAAAAACAUAGUAUCGAUGGUAGAUUGGUGGAAGCGAAGAAAGCUGUGCCUAGAGACGACCAGAACACAGUUAGGAGCAACAGCAGUAGCAUCCAAGGAUCACCAGGCGGUCCAGGAGCUCGAACAAGGAAGAUAUUCGUCGGAGGGUUACCAUCUUCCGUCACAGAAGGCGAAUUCAAGACCUAUUUUGAGCAGUUCGGGACACCUACCGACGUGGUCGUUAUGUACGAUCACAACACACAGAGGCCUAGAGGUUUUGGAUUCAUAACUUAUGAUUCCGAGGAGGCAGUUGACAGAGUACUGCUCAAGACGUUCCAUGAGCUUAACGGUAAAAUGGUCGAGGUUAAGCGAGCUGUUCCGAAGGAGUUGUCUCCUAGUCCAGCUCGUGGUAGUCCUCUCGGUGCUGGUUACAGCAGCUAUGGGGUUAAUAGGGUUAAUAACCUUUUGAAUGGAUAUGCUCAAGGGUUUGGUCCCGGUUCGGUUGGAGGGUAUGGGCUUAGGAUGGAUGGUCGGUUUAGUCCGGUUGGUGCUGGGAGAAGCGGGUUUGCGAAUUUCGGUUCUGGUUAUGGGAUGAAUGUGAACUUUGAGCAAGGGUUGCCUACAGGGUUCACUGGAGGUGCAAGUUUUAAUGGAAAUGUAGACUAUGGUAGAGGAAUGAUGAGCCCUUACUACAUUGGGAACACGAACCGGUUCGGUCCUGGGGGUGGUUAUGAAGGAGGCAAUGGAGGAGGAGGAGGAGGAGGAAGCUCGUCUUUCUUCAGUUCCGUUACACGGAACCUAUGGGGAAACAACGGAGGUUUGAACUAUAACAACAACAACGGUGCAAACUCAAACUCCAAUACAUACAUGGGAGGAACAGCAAGUGGGAACAACGCGCUAAGUGGUCCAUUUGGAAACUGGGGUGCUCCUGGAGGAGGAGGAGGAGGAGGAGGAGGAGGAGGAAACAAUGGUGUUGGUAACGAGAAUUUGAAGUUUGGUUAUGGAGGAAACGGUGAAUCUGGUUUUGGGUUGGGAACAAGAAACAUUGGGCCUAGCAAGGCAGCACCGUCGUCUUCAUUCUCUUCUGCCUCGGGGACUAACAACACAGGUUAUGAUGGAGCAGGACUUGCGGAGUUUUAUGGGAAUGGUGCAGUGUAUAGUGAUCCCACAUGGAGAUCAUCAGCUCCUGAGACGGAAGGGCCUGGUUCUUUUAGCUAUGGGAUUGGAGGAGGAGGAGGAGGAGGUCCUUCUUCGGAUGUUUCAGCUAGAAGUUCAUCUCCAGGUUAUGUUGGCAGUUACAGUGUGAACAAGAGGCAACCAAACAGAGGAAUUGCUACUUAGUUUUUGUUUUUACCACGAUAUUGUAGGCGAGCCAUCACUGUGAACGAUUAGAUGAUAUCUUCUCUCCUUGAUACAAAAGCCUAUGAGGACGAAACUUGACCAACACCAUCAGCUAGAGGCUAGAGCUAACCAGAAAAUCCCAUAGAUUUUCCUGUCAAUGGUUUGGUUUUCUAAAUUUAUUGGUCCUCCUAGGCUUCUUUUCUGUUUUCUUUUUUUUUUCUUUUUUCAAUGAGGGAUAGUGGAAACUGUAUCAGUCUCCGGCGAGGCUGUAAUACAUAAGAAGAGUUCAAAACAAAAACAAAAAAAUGAAGAAGAGGAUGAUCCUUCUUCCUGAGUUUUCUUUAUUGUCAUGUAAUGGUUCUUCUUGGUCUUGAGGGUUGUGUCUAAGGUUUGGUGUUUUGAGGCAGAUUGUACUAGAGGUUAUAUGUUACUUUUGUUUUGUGGUUUUUAAGUUUUUGUUUUUGUUUUUUUGAUAGUGAGAGAUUAUUGGAAAAAAAGGAUUUUAGCCAUUGUAGGGCUUUGGAGAAUAAGUCUGUUUGUAUGUCUUAUGCGAACGCAAGCAAACUCGUUUCUGUUCAUGUACUCUUAUCUUAUAGAAACUAUUGUUAUGUUUCAUUUGA